AUGGCGUCUGUACGCGGCCGCACGCCGCGGUUUGUCGAGGCAGUGUGGAACAUGGUCAAUGAUAGCAACCAGCACAUCCAAUGGUCAAGCGACGGUACAGCGUUUACCAUCUAUGACAAGAACGCGCUCGCCAAGGAAGUCAUCCCGCGCUUCUUCUCGCACUCCAAGUACACCUCGUUUGUCCGCCAGCUGCACAUGUACGACUUUGAGCGCCGCGACGACCCGCUGUACAACACCUUUGCCCACCCGCUCUUCCUCCGUGACCAUCCCGCCCUCAUCGAAGGCAUCAAGCGCAAGACUGCGCCGUCAAAGAGUAAGAGCAAGAGCAAGAGCAAGAGCAAGGAGACGGCUCAGUGUUUGCCACUGGCUCCGGCCGUCGGCGUCAUCCGUCGCGUCUGGCCUCCCCCGGACCUGGAGACUGCCGCACCGCCGGCGCCGGUGUCGCUGCUGAGCGGGGCCACGGUCUCGUCGUUCUCUUCGCCUCCCGUGUACAUGUCGUUUGGCCCAUCGGCACCGGCAUCCGGCCAGACCAAGAUGUUCUCGCCGUCGCUGCUCACCCCAUCGCUCUUCUCGCUCAAGACGCCGGAUAUUUCUGCCUUGAUGGCGACGCCGCAGUUGGGCGUCCCAAUAGCGUCCUUUGCCAGUGGCGGCUCCGAAGUCGAUGCAGCAAACACCAUCGCCCGUCUCAAGGCCGAGAACGCGCGGCUAGCGGAUCAGAACUCGCGGCUGCUGAACGAGAACAAGGAUCUCCGGGCCCAGCUUGCAACUGCACGCAAACGGACAGCGGGUAGUCCCCCUCCACAUGCGCCUGUUGCCAAGCGAAAGCCGACUCUCUCCCAUGGCCUGGUCGUCGACGUCGCCGCCGCCCGAGCCGCAUCGUCGUCUUCGUUUGCCUCGGUCGCCCGCCGCGCCUCUCCACACAGACAACACACAUCGGCCACAUAGCCAUGUGUCUGUCGCCAAGCGAAAGCCGACUCUCUCC